AAUCUCCACAGAAGAAGAAGAAGCUCAAACCACAGACCCGGGAAAUCUCAUCCUGAGAGAAUCAGAAGCACACAGACAGAAUUUGGAACUGUUCGUCAUGGGUCAGGAGUUUCACGUCGUCAGGUGUUUCUCCUGUCAGAGCUUCCAGGUUCAACAGGUGAAGAAGGUGAACAAGUGGAGCUGUAAACUGUGUGGAAAGAAACAGACGCUGCUCAAAGAGUUUGGGCGGGGCUCCGGGGCCGACUGCAGACGCCAUGUUCAGAAACUGAACGCCAUGAGAGGAGCUGUGAUAGAGGAGCAGGAACACAACACCCGGUCGCUAUGGGAGCAGGCUGAGGAGGAGGAGGAGGAGGAGGAGGAGCCUGAGGAAGAGCAGCAGGUGAGUCAGGCUCAGGGGAGUCAGGCUCAGGGGAGUCAGGCUCAGGUGAGCCGCUGGAUCAAAUACCUGGAUGCACCUGAGGAGGCGGAGCCUGAGGAGGAGGAUGAGGAGAAGUUUUUGUUGGACAGGAAGCAGCUCCAUGCCAACCGUAUGACUGACGGGAAGAGGAAAAGAGGAGGAUGGACUCACACUAGCACAACUGAACAGCAGGAUCCACCCAGCAUGACUAGAACCUACAAAGCAACCCAACCCAGUCAGAACCAGACCAGUCCGAACCAGUCCAGUCCUCCCAGUAAGCGGAGGUUAACUCCUCCCAGUUCAGGUUCUGGUCCAGGCUCCAGAUGGGCUUGUUUCCUCAGAUCUGAUCGGGAGGUGAAGGAGGGGGAGGAGACUUCAGGCAGUGGGAGGAGUCGGUCAGAAGGCGGAACUGCGUUCUCAUUAGGUACUGAUGUCAUUCCUACCGUGGCCCGUCCCAGGGUCCGCCCCCUGCUUCCAGUUUCCUCGAUGUUCGAAAGUGGAGAGGAGUUCAUCUUUGACGACUCGCUGUCGAGUUCAAACUUCUGAUCAAAACAUUCCAGCAUCUGAACCAUCUAUUAGGUCAGGUGUUUAUUUAUUCAACGAUGAGCUGUUUCUGCUUUUUUAUUUCACCAUUUUUGCUUUAUAUCAAAACUUUAGUAUUUCAGUGUCUAUUUAUAAAAA